GAUUUAAUGGCGGAUCGUGGAUCAGUGAUUGAAGUUGAUAAUCGCUUAGUGUGAGUGAAUAUUAGUAGUUUAACGUUCAUGUGUUAGUUUAAAAAAUCAUCAGCACCGCAAGGGUGUAUGCCACGGGUGGGCGGAAACAAGAUAUGGCGGAGAAUAGAGGUUCGGACAACGUCGUUAUGCCGGACAUUACCGAAGUAUCCGAAGCCGAUCCCCUGUCGGCGGGGGCCGAUCACGAUGCCGACCGAUCUGAUGGCGGAGCUGUUUUGUCGACUGGAAUCAAAAACACAAGAUUGUCUAGUGAUUCUAAUGGCGUGGUUACUGUACCAGUGUCUCUGCCGGUCGGCACACUCAUUACUGGGACGACAUUUAACGUGAUAACGUCAGAUCAGCUGCCGCAUUUCAAGCCUAUGAUAUGUGUUGAUAGUGGUUUUAUAUCAGGCGGGCCAGUAUCAGAUGAAAUUAAGCCUACGCAUAUAGUGAUACAGAAUCCGCCUUCGCCGGCACGACAGGAGGAGAGCAGCUCGAGUACGCCCAACGCGCGACACACGAGCGCUUGCUCCUGGGAUGAGACUGCUAACAUGCCUAUCCUGCCGAUCAGGUGCAAGAACACGCCCGCCGAGCUGCACAAACUGAGGUUUGGCUCUGGUGGUAGAGGCAGGUGCAUUAAAUAUGGAAUGGAAUGGUACACGCCUAGUGAAUUCGAGGCCUUAUGCGGAAGGGCCUCUAGCAAGGACUGGAAAAGGUCUAUUAGGUUUGGUGGGCGAAGUAUCCAGGCCCUGAUAGAUGAGGGCAUUCUGACCCCUCAUGCCACCAGUUGCACCUGUGGGGCAUGCUGUGAUGAUCAGUCAGCUAUGGGCCCCGUGCGGUGGUUCACUCCUUAUAAGAGACGAAGACGCCAUAACCAAGAUAGCGAGGAAAAGAAGACGAAAGUGAGGAGAGGAACCAAUUUGGCAGAAGGCGAGGUUGAUAACAUACAUCAGAGCAGUAACAAUAGCAAUAAUUCAAAGGAGGCCUGGCAGACGAUUGCUGAGGGAUUGGACACUAACGCUGAUUACCAUAUAUUAGAGAAUCCUGAUACAAACGCGGAAUCCAUACCAGGACUUCCCGAUAUGAGUGGCGUACUCAAAAGAUUGGACGACAUCGGUCAAUCGUUAGUGAGACUAGCAUCGGAAUUAAAACAGUGCGUGGAGGACGUUCGCGUCGUGAAUGCUCGGCAGCUAGAGCGCCUCGAGCAGGAGCGAGCUACCGCGCUGCUUGCCGCGAGCGUCGACGCGCACGUAGACGCCGAACAGGUGUCGCUGCACAACGUGGACGACACUGAAGCUAAAAAGGAAUACAACAUCUUUCAACACCAUACAUCAAGCCUUAGCUUUCUUUCUAUACGCGGAAGACACUCUCAAUACCUCCUUGUUGCAAUAUUUUGUUUAGUAAUGUAUAAUUUAUUUAGUCAUAAUGUAUUGUACAGAUAGGUAGGUCACGGCUGUCAUUGAACAUCCUUGGCAGUCGUUACGGGUAGUCAGAAGCCAGUAAGUCUGACACCAGUUCACACCAGUCUAACCAAAGGGUUAUUGGAUUGCCCGGGUAACUGGGUUGAGGGGGUCAGUUAGGGUAGUCGCUCCUUGUAAAGCACUGGUACUCAGCUACAUCCGUUAGACUGGAAGCCGACCCCAACAUAGUUGGGAAAAAGGCUCGGAGGAUGUAUUGUACAAAUAUGUUUCAUGUUAUUUUAAUCGGUAUAAAUUUUAAUGGAUUGUACAUUUUAUUGUUUCUAUGUUAACUAAAGUUAUCGACGAAUAAUGACAACUCUGCCUGCCUAUAAUCGUAUAAUGCGUUUUUUUUUUAAUUUCAAUGUAUGUUUUCAUCAUCGGUUUCAUCUGCGUCCAGCGGGAAUUAUUUCAUGCAUCCGACAAAUUGGAUAUCUUACACUCAAAUAAUUUUUAAAGCAAGCAAUGAAAUAAACUUUUUAGCUUGAAAGUCACGACACACUGCAACGGCAAAGCACGUUGUUUCAUAGUACAUUGUUAUGGUUCAUUCAUUACUGCCAUAACCUAUUUUGUGAUACGUCUCGGACUGUUUUACUGGAUUAUGGGUACCUAUAAUUAUCAAAAAUACAACCCCAGUUUUCAGAAUUUAAUAUUCUUGGUGAAUUACCUAAGCUCUCCCAACACUCAGAAGUGUUAAUGUAGAGAGAUGGUUGUUUGAGGAAUUAGGAAUUAUGUUUUCGCAUUUUUUUACCCUAUGUCUAUAUUUUUUUGCAUGCUUAUUGUUUAUAUUUUCCUUAUUUAUACAACAACAAUUUUUAUGUGGUGUUCAUGGCGAGAAAUGAUGUUUUUUGCAUUUUUCCAUAGCGUUCUUAUAUUUUGGCGAUUCCGUCACCUCUGAAGACGGGAUAGCUUACUUUUUCCAUUCUUUCAGUGUUGAGUGCGUCUGGUGACGGUGGUGAUGCCGUUUUGACCUUAGGUGUGUUAAUUGCCAGUUUUUAAAUUUUCGUCAAAAUUUACUUUCGCCGAAUUUAGGUGACCGUGAAUAUGGACUUUUCUGACUAUGUCGCAUCUAUUUUAGGUGACCAUGGAUAUGGGUUUCCGACUAUGUCGCAUCUUACUUAAUCUCCCAAUGGUGCUGAUCGCGAGAAAUGCGUUUUUUUGCCAACAUCUAAUUAUUUGUGAUUCCGUCACCCCUGAAGACGAGAUUGCUUACUUUUUCUGUUUUUCCAGUGUUCACUACGUCUUGUGAAGAAAAAUUUGUUAACUUUUGUCAUAAUGAAACGUUGAAGUAUCUGAAGCUUUUCUUUUGCCUUUUUCCAUAAUAUUCUCAUAUUCUGGCGAUUUCGUCACCUCUGAAGAUGGGAUAGCUUACUUUUUCCAUUUUUCUAGUGUUGAGUGUGUCUGGUGACGGUGGCGAUGCUGUUUUGACUUUAGGUGUGUUAAUUGCCAGUUUUUCAACUUCAAAAUAAAAAGGUUGAAGUUUACCUACGCCGAAUUUAGGUGACAGUGGAUAUGAGUUUACGACUAUGUCGCAUGUAACUUCAUUCCCAAUAGUGUUGGUGCGAGAAACGUUUGUUCUCUCAUUUGUUUCACAACACCUGUUUUUGGGUGAUUCCGUCGCCUCCCAAGACUAGAUUGCUUACUUUUUCUGUUUUUCCAGUGUUCACUACGUCUUGUGAAGAAAAAUUUGUUAACUUUUGUCAUAAUCAAACGUUGAAGUAUCUGAAGCUUUUCUUUUGCCUUUUUCCAUAAUAUUCUCAUAUUCUGGCGAUUUCGUCACCUCUGAAGAUGGGAUAGCUUACUUUUUCCAUUUUUUCAGUGUUGAGUGUGUGGUGACGGUGGUGAUGCUGUUUUGACUGGAGGUGUGUUGAUUGCCAGUUUUUCAAUUUCAAACUAUAAAGGUUGAAGUUUACCUACGCCGAAUUUAGGUGACCGUGGAUAUGGGUUUACGACUAUCGCAUGUAACUUCAUUCCCAAUGGUGUUGGUGCGAGAAACGUUUGUUCUCUCAUUUAUUUCACAACACCUGUUUUUGGGUGAUUCCGUCACCUCUGAAGACGAGAUUGCUUACUUUUUCUGUUUUUCCAGUGUUCACUGCGUCUUGUGAAGAAGAAUUUCGUAAGUUUUGCCAUAAUCAAACGUUGAAAUAUCCUUCGGUUGAAUUUAGAUGGCGAGAACUGAUUUGCUUCACUUUCUCAUCGUGAACAGUGGAUAUCGCAGAUUUUCAAAUCUUCGUAAUUCCCCAAACAAGUUAAUCUGCCCUUCAAGGCGUUCUGCUGCUGACAGUUUGGCGUACGAGUAAUACUCCUAAAUGUAGCCGAUAGGAUGUGCUCUGCGGUAAUAAUCUUGGAGGUCUUCUCCAACUUCACGUGCUGGGACACAUAGAUCGGACAUCUUGUUGCUGACAAAUGACGAAACUUUUCCUGUACUCUUGAAGUCAAUAGUGCCGUCAACCAUUUUGGGAACAUGUUUCUGAAGUUUGUUAAUAUAUGGUCCCAGCAAUGUAAUGUCGUCGCGGAGAUCUUCCGUGGUAUGGUUCUCGGGAAUGAUCUCAUCUGCGUUGAUGAUGAGAUGGUUGUUCCAUAUCGCUCCUGGGAAUACAUUCUUCAUUGAUUCAUUAUAUUUUUUGUAUUUCCCUUGUUUAUACAACACAAAUUUUUGGUGGUGUUGAUGGCGAUUGCCAGUUUUUCAAUUUUCGUCAAAAUUAACAUUCGCCCAAUUUAGGUGAUCGUGAAUAUGGACUUUUCCGACUAUGUCGCAUCUAUUUUAGGUGACCAUGGAUAUGGGUUUCCGACUAUGUCGCAUCUUACUUAAUCUCCCAAUGGUGCUGAUCGCGAGAAAUGCGUUUUUUUGCCAACACCUGAUUAUUUGUGAUUCCGUCACCCCUGAAGACGAGAUUGCUUACUUUUUCUGUCUUUCCAGUGUUCACUACGUCUUGUGAAGAAAAAUUUGUUAACUUUUGUCAUAAUCAAACGUUGAAGUAUCUGAAGCUUUUCUUUUGCCUUUUUCCAUAAUAUUCUCAUAUUCUGGCGAUUUCGUCACCUCUGAAGAUGGGAUAGCUUACUUUUUCCAUUUUUUCAGUGUUGAGUGUGUGGUGACGGUGGUGAUGCUGUUUUGACUGGAGGUGUGUUGAUUGCCAGUUUUUCAAUUUCAAACUAUAAAGGUUGAAGUUUACCUACGCCGAAUUUAGGUGACCGUGGAUAUGGGUUUACGACUAUCGCAUGUAACUUCAUUCCCAAUGGUGUUGGUGCGAGAAACGUUUGUUCUCUCAUUUAUUUCACAACACCUGUUUUUGGGUGAUU